AUGGCAGCUAUGGUGCGUCUUCUGGCGGUGUUGGCCGCCGGCGCCUUGGCGGCGCAGCCUGAUGGCAAGGGGGGUGGCGAGCCAGUGCCGGAGGCCGAACGGGAGGAGAACGCGAAAAGGAUCCCAUGCCCUUUUCUGGCAGGGCUCUACCAAGAAGGUAUCUUGAAGCCGGAUGAGUAUGGCCGUGUGAACUCCCAGCAUAUGAAGGAGGCCAUGAUGGCGGCUGGCUCUACAAUCCCGAAUGCAAUCUUUCCCUCCUUUGGCACGGUGCGCUUCAAGGAGGACGACCUGCACCAGACCAAGCGACACUGGGACUAUGGGCUGAUCCCCAGUGGCGUCAUCGAUGACUUCGGGUUGGAGAAAGAUUUGUCGACGCUCUGGCUGAACAUCAUGACGAUGAACGUCCCUGACAAGUGCAUCGAUGCAGCGGGGCAUGCUGCCAUGCCAAGCAAGUUUCCCUGCAAUGCGAACCCGCAGCAUGUGCAGCACGGCUACUCCACAACCAUUCGAGAUCCGAGGUACGAUGCAGAGGACCCAACACGUGAGAACAGGUACAAGGACUGGAUUGAGCCUACGCUGGUCAAGAACACAACCCUCAACGCCACUGAGCGGGUGAUGACCUUUGAGGGCUUCACAGCUCUGCUGGCAAGAAUGACCGUAGAGGGUGACCUCAGUGGCGAGUGGUCGCUGAAGCCGAACUUUGAGUACGAUGGCAGCAACGUGCAGCACUACCAUCCCCACAUCAGCCAGGUGAAUGCCGAGGCUCUAUACCACUGGGGCCCCUGGCUGGCUUGGGUGGGCCUCUGGGAGGCCUACGGCUAUCCUUACCCGGAUGGAUCGAAGGAGAAGUACAUGACGGAGAGUGAUCUCCGUCGCUUCCUUCUUCACGGCAAGCUGCCGCUUGGCUGGAGCCCGAAACCCUUUACGUUGGAGGAUGUUGGCUACACGAUGAUUGCCCUCAAGGGCCAUCAAAUCCCCUUCGGCGACCUCUACUCCGAAUCCUUGGCCAAGAAGUUUCCGCUCACGAGCUUCCUCCCGAAGGUGCUCGGCACUGAGUGGAGGUACAUGAGGAACUACGCGGACAACCAGCGAUCUCUUGGCUUCUUCUUGGACAACAUCGUCAAUCCGAUGCCUGGGCCCAGCGCCCUCAUGGUCUGA